GAAAACACACACACAGUCAGCCGCGCACGAACGCAAACACAAAAUACAAGACCCAAGCGAAGUUAUCCAACACACCGCAGCCGAGUAUCCACCACCACCACCACCAUCAUCAUGCCGGCCACAGAGAAGGAUCUGGCGGACGACGCGCCGUGGAAGAAGAUCCAGCAGAACACGUUCACGCGCUGGUGUAACGAGCACCUGAAGAGCGCGAACAAGCGAGUGGCCGACCUGCAGCAGGACCUGAGCGACGGACUGCGGCUCAUCGCCCUGCUGGAGGUGCUGAGCCAGAAGAAGAUGUUCAGAAAAUACCACAGCAGACCCACUUUCAGACAGAUGAAGCUGGAGAACGUGUCUGUCGCGCUCGAGUUCCUGGACAGGGAGAACAUCAAGCUCGUGUCCAUCGACAGCAAAGCGAUUGUGGACGGCAACCUGAAGUUGAUCCUGGGUCUGGUAUGGACCCUCAUCCUCCACUACUCCAUCUCUAUGCCCGUCUGGGAGGAUGAAGAUGAUGAUGAAGCCAAGAAACAGACACCCAAGCAGAGGCUGCUGGGCUGGAUCCAGAACAAAGUGCCCGACCUCCCUAUCACCAACUUCAGCCAGGACUGGAGAAACGGCAGGGCUCUGGGGGCUCUGGUGGACAGCUGCGCUCCAGGCCUGUGUCCUGACUGGGAGAUCUGGGACUCGGAGAAGCCUGUGGAUAACGCCACAGAGGCCAUGCAGCUCGCUGAUGAUUGGCUGGGAAUCCCACAGGUUAUUGCUCCAGAAGAGAUCAUUGACCCCAGUGUGGACGAGCAGUCAGUCAUGACGUAUUUAUCUCAGUUCCCCAAAGCCAAACUGAAGCCCGGAGCGCCUCUCAAACCCAAACUCAACCCAAAGAAAGCACGCGCAUACGGUCCAGGUAUUGAGCCGACAGGUAACCGUGUGAUGCGCCCGGCUGUGUUCACCGUGGACACAUUCAGUGCGGGUCAGGGGCAGGUCAUGGUGUAUGUUGAAGAUCCAGAGGGCCGCAGAGAGGAGGUCAAACCUGUGCUGAAUGAAGGCAAGAAGACCUACAGCGUCACCUACGUCCCUCUGGUCAUGGGGACACACAAGGUUACCGUUCUUUUCGCUGGACAACAAAUCCCAAAGAGCCCGUUUGAGGUGAAUGUGGACAAAGCCCAAGGAGACCCGACUAAAGUGACCGCUAAAGGACCCGGACUGGAGCCGCUGGGAAACAUCGCCAACAAACCCACAUUCUUCGACAUCUACACUGCAGGUGCUGGAGUGGGAGACGUGACGGCCGUCAUUAAAGACCCUCUGGGUAAUAAAAACACUGUGGAGGCUGUAAUGGAGGACAAGGGGGAAAACGUCUUCCGCUGCACAUACAAACCAGUGCAGGCCGGUCCUCACACCGUCAACAUCACAUUCGGCGGCAUCGCCAUCCCGAAGAGCCCCUUCACUGUCAACAUCGGCCCAGCAUCUGUCCCGGGUGCAUGUCGGGCCACCGGUCGAGGUCUGCAGCCCAGAGGAGUGAGAGUUCGGCAGGUGGCUGAUUUUAAAGUGGACACCCGUAACGCUGGAAGUGGAGAUCUGAAGGUCACUGUUAAAGGACCCAAAGGUCUGGAGGAGCCUGUGAAACAGAAGGACGCCUCAGAUGGUGUUUACUCUUAUGAAUAUUAUCCACACGCUACUGGCAAAUACAGCGUCUCCAUCACCUGGGCUGGACAGCACAUUCCCAAGAGCCCUUUCGAGGUUCUUGUGGGCUCUGAAGCAGGACCGCAGAAGAUCCGCGCCUGGGGUCCGGGUCUGGAGGGAGGCAUUGUGGGAAAAUCUGCAGACUUUGUGGCCGAAUCCAUCGGGACUGAUGUCGGGAUACUCGGUUUUGCUAUUGAGGGUCCAUCUCAGGCCCGCAUUGAGUGUGAGGAUCAGAACGACGGCUCGUGUGAUGUCAGAUACUGGCCCACCGAAGCUGGAGAAUACGCUGUUCAUGUCAUGUGUGAUGAUGAAGACAUCGAGGACAGUCCCUUCAUGGCCAUCAUUGUCCCUGAUAACAAAGCCAACAACCCCGGCCUGGUGAAGGCUUAUGGGCCAGGCCUGGAGAAAUCCGGCUGUAUCAUAAACAAACCUGCUGAGUUCACCGUAGAGGCCACAGAUGCAGGAGCCGGACCACUGAAGAUUACAGCACAGGAUGCUGCUGGUGUCCCGGUGGAGGUGAAGGUGAAAAGCAGAGGUGACCAGGUUUACUCCUGCUCAUACACACCGAACGCCGCCAUCAAACACACUCUGGCAGUGAGCUGGGCUGGAGCCAGUGUUCCCAGCAGCCCCUUCAGGGUGAAUGUGGGCAAAGGAAGUCAUCCUCAUAAAGUAAAGGUGUUUGGUCCUGGAGUGGAGAGAACAGGACUGAAGGCUCAUGAACCCACACACUUCACUGUAGACUGCACUGAAGCUGGAGAAGGGGAUGUGAGUGUUGGAAUCAAGUGUGAAGCCAAUGUUAUCAGCGGACAGGAAGAGGAUGUGGAUUUUGACAUCAUUCCCAAUGCCAACGACACCAUCACUGUUAAAUACAUUCCUCCUGGAGCCGGACGACUUGUUAUUAAAGUCCUGUUCACUGAUCAGGAAAUUCCAGUCAGUCCGUUUCGUGUUAAAGUGGAUCCGUCUCAUGACGCCUCUAAAGUGAAAGCAGAGGGACCAGGACUUGCACGAGCAGGUGUGGAGAGUGGAAAGCCAACACACUUCACGGUUUACACUAAAGGAGCAGGUAAAGCUCCUCUGGAUGUGCAGUUUUCUGGCCCAAAUAAAUCACAGCCUGUCCAAGACUUCGAGAUCAUUGAUAACUAUGACUAUUCCCAUACUGUCAAGUACACCCCAGUCCAGCAGGGAGAGAUGGUGAUAACGGUGAGCUUCGGUGGAGACCCGAUUGCUAAAAGCCCCUUCACUGUCGGUGUUGCUGCUCCACUUGACCUUAGCAAGAUCCAAGUGGAUGGCCUGGAAAACCGGGUUCAAGUGGGUGAGGAUCAAGAGUUUGCGGUUGGUACGAGAGGAGCAGGUGGACAAGGCAAACUGGAGGUCAAGGUCACCAGUCCGUCAGGGAAAUCUGUGCCCUGCGUGGUGGAGCCUGGUAAAGGAGGCAGUCUGGUCAAAUACAUCCCCAAAGAGGAGGGUGUUUACAUGCUGGAGCUCCUCUACGAUGGACAUUUGGUGCCCGGAAGCCCCUUCCCUGUUGAAGCCAUGCUGCCUCCAGAUCCCAGCAAGGUCAAGGCGUUCGGUCCGGGACUGAAGGGUGGUCUUGUAUCAAGUCCUGCUGAGUUCACCAUUGACACUAAAGGUGCUGGAACCGGUGGUCUUGGCCUCACUGUUGAAGGUCCGACCGAAGCCAAAAUCGAGUGCUCUGAUAACGGCGACGGCACUUGCUCUGUGUCGUACCUUCCCACAGAGCCUGGAGAAUAUCUUGUCAAUAUCCUCUUCGAGAACGUCCAUAUUCCCGGAUCACCUUUCCACGCUGAUGUCCAGUACCCAUUUGAUCCAACUAAAGUGUUAGCAUCCGGCUCAGGCCUGAAACGAGGGAAAGUUGGCGAGAUCAGUGUGUUAAAUGUGGACUGCACUACAGCCGGACCGGGACUGCUGACGCUGGAUGCAGAGUCUGAUUCUGGAGUCAAGGCAAAGACGGAGGUUUUGGAUAAUAAAGACGGGACGUACACGGUCACUUAUAUCCCGCUGACCGCAGGCAUGUAUACACUGCAGCUGAAAUACGGAGGAAAGACUGUUCCCAGCUUCCCUGCUAAAGUGAAGGUGGAUCCGGCUGUGGAUACCAGCAAAGUCAAGGUGUUCGGGCCAGGAGUCACAGGAGAAGGUAUUUUUAGAGAAGCUACGGCUAGCUUCACUGUGGAUGCCCGAGCUUUGUCUAAAGUUGGCGGGGAACACAUUAAAGCUGAUGUGAAAAACCCCUCAGGCGCUGCUACAGACUGCAUCAUCCAGGACAACAGCGACGGCACUUAUAAUGUGGAAUAUACACCAUUCGAGAAUGGAGUUCACAGUGUGGAGGUUUUGUAUGAUGAGACUCCGGUUCCCAAGAGUCCGUUCCAGGUCGGGGUGGGCGAAGGUUGUGACCCCUCGCGUGUUCAGGCCCAGGGUCCCGGACUGGAAGAGGCUCUCACUGAAAAACCCAACAAAUUCUCAAUCAUCACCAGAGGAGCAGGUAUUGGAGGUUUAGGAAUAACCGUCGAAGGCCCAUCCGAGUCUAAAAUGUCCUGCAAAGAUAACAAAGACGGCAGCUGUAAUGUGGAAUACACCCCGUAUGUGCCUGGACUCUAUGACGUCAACAUCACAUAUGGAGGACAACACAUCCCAGGAAGUCCAUUUAAAGUGCCCGUGAAGGAUGUUGUGGACUCUAGUAAGGUGAAGAUCUCUGGAGCUGGUGUCGGUUCUGGAGUGAGAGCUAAAAUCCCACAAUCCUUCACUGUGGACUGCAGUAAAGCUGGCGUCGCUCCUCUUUCUGUGGCUGUGACAGGACCUAAAGGUUUGGCUGAACCCGUGGAGGUCUCAGACAAUGGAGACGGCACACACACCGUGUCCUACACCCCGUCCGUCGAGGGCCCUCAUUCAGUGUCUGUCAAAUAUGCAGAUGAAGAAAUUCCCCGCAGCCCGAUGAAGCUGCGUGUUCUGCCCACUCAUGAUGCCAGUAAGGUUCGUGCCAGCGGUCCAGGUUUGACCACAGGACUGUCCGCCAGUUUCCCAGUGGAGUUCACCAUCGAUGCCAAAGACGCGGGAGAAGGACAGCUGUCUGUGCACAUCACUGAUCAGGAUGGUAAACUUAAGAAAGCCAACAUUCAGGACAACCGAGACGGGACCUACAGAGUGUCUUAUGUGCCAGAUAAAGUGGGUCGAUACACUAUUGUGAUCAAAUAUGGCGGAGACGAGAUCCCGACUUCUCCAUAUCGAGUCAGAGCCACGACUUCUGGAGACGCCAGCAAGUGUACAGUCAGCGGACCAGGCAUCGGGCCCACCAUCGGCAUUGGGCAGGAGGUGGGCUUCGUGGUGAACACUAAAGGGGCAGGGAAGGGGAAUCUGUGCUGUGUUGUGCUCACUCCGGACGGCAGCGAGGUUGAGGCGGACGUCAUCCAGAACGAGGACGGCACUUUCGACAUCUUCUACACCGCACACAAACCCGGGACAUACGUCAUCUAUGUGCGCUUCGGUGGAGAAAACAUUCCCAAGAGCCCCUUCAAAGUCAUGGCUACGGAUGAAGUUCCCAUGGUGCAACAGCAGUCAGUCCAGCAGCAGCAGGCAGCGGCUCCAGCCAUGGGUUUCCAGCCCUGGGUCACAGACGGAUCGUAUGGUCCUGCAAACAGUGUGAACGGGACGGGCUACAGACCCUUCGAUAUGGUCAUUCCCUUCACCUUUAGUAAAGGAGAAGUCACAGGUGAGGUUCACAUGCCGUCAGGUAAAAGCGCUCAGCCGGAGAUCAUCGAUAAUAAAGACGGGACAGUGACGGUCAAAUACUCGCCAACAGAAGCUGGACUUCACGAAAUGCACAUUAAAUACAACGGCACGCACAUCCCAGAGAGUCCUCUGCAGUUCUUCGUCAACAAUGCUAACAGUCCUAGCGUGACUGCAUACGGCCCGGGUCUGGUCUACGGCACGGCCAAUAAAACCGCCAUGUUCACCAUCUACACUGAAGACGCGUCUGAAGGAGGUCUGGAUCUGGCCAUUGAAGGGCCGUCGAAGGCUGAGAUCAGCUGUGUGGACAAUAAAGACGGCACCUGUGCGGUUUCAUACCUGCCCACACUGCCUGGAGAUUAUAAUAUACUCGUACGAUACAACGACAAACACAUCGCUGGUAGCCCCUUCACCGCCAGGAUUACAGAGGAUAAUAAGCGUAAGUCUCAGGUGAAGCUGGGCUCUGCGGCUGAUUUCUCUCUGGACAUCAUGGAGACUGACCUCAGUCUGCUGACCGCCAGCAUUAAAGCCCCGUCCGGACGUGAUGAGCCCUGCUUACUGAAGAGACAGCCAAACAACCACAUCGGAAUCUCCUUCAUCCCGAGGGAAGUGGGCGAGCACCUGGUGAGCAUCCGGAAGAACGGCCGGCAUGUGCCCAACAGCCCCAUCAGCAUCACCGUGGUCCAGUCAGAGAUCGGGGACGCCGGCCGGGUGAAGGUGUUCGGGACGGGCCUGCAGGAGGGACAGACCUUCCAGAUGGCAGACUUCACUGUGGACACCAGAGAAGCUGGUUAUGGUGGUCUGGCGUUGUCCAUCGAGGGUCCCAGUAAAGUGGACAUCCAGACAGAAGACAUGGAGGAUGGCACGUGUGGAGUCGCAUACUGUCCCACAGAGCCAGGAACCUACAUCGUGUCCAUCAGAUUCGCAGAAGAGCAUGUACCAGGGAGUCCGUUCAGUGUGAAGGUGACUGGAGAAGGCCGAAUCCGCGAGAGCAUCAGUCGACGUCAGAAAGCAGCUUCAGUCUCCAGUGUUGGAAGCGUUUGUGAUCUCAACCUCAAGAUCCCAGAGGUGGACAUUUCUGACGUGACCGCUCAGGUCAUCAGUCCGUCUGGAGCUACAGAAGAGGCUGAUCUGGUGUCGGUAGGGAAUCAGACGUACUGUGUUCGCUUCGUACCACAGGAGACGGGUGUUCAUAUGGUAAAUGUGCGGUACCGCGGACAACACGUGCCUGGAUCCCCCUUUCAGUUCACUGUGGGGCCGCUGGGGGAAGGAGGAGCACAGAAGGUCAGAGCUGCAGGACCCGGACUGGAGAAAGCAGACGUCUGUGCGCCAGCUGAGUUUAGCGUGUGGACUCGUGAAGCAGGAGCUGGCGGUUUAUCUAUCGCUGUGGAAGGACCGAGUCGAGCUGAAAUCUCAUUCGAGGAGAGGAAAGAUGGAUCAUGUGGAGUCUCAUAUGUAGCUCAAGAGCCUGGAGACUAUGAGGUGUCUAUAAAAUUCAAUGAUGAGCACAUCCCUGAGAGCCCGUUCCUGGUGCCUGUGUUUGCUCCUGUAGAUGAUGCCCGCCGCCUCACUGUUACCAGCCUUCAGGAGUCUGGCCUGAAGGUGAAUCAGCCGUCCUCGUUCGCGGUGCGUCUUAACGGGGCGAAGGGAUCCAUCAGCGCUAAAGUGCACAGUCCAUCCGGAGCUCUGGAGGAGUGUGUGGUGUCUGAGCUAGAGCAAGAUAAGUACGCCGUUCGUUUUAUUCCGCGAGAGAAUGGCAUCCACGUCAUCGACGUGAAGUUCAACGACACGCACAUUCCCGGCAGUCCCUUCCAGAUCCGUGUUGGAGAACCAGGACAGGGCGGAGAUGCGGGACUGGUCACGGCUUACGGACCCGGACUGGAGAAAGGAACCACAGGAAACCAGGCUGAGUUCAUCAUCAACAACACUAAAGCGGGGCCAGGGUCCCUGUCGCUCACUAUCGAGGGCCCUUCCAAGGUGAAGAUGGAGUGUCAGGAGUGUCCCGAAGGCUUUAAAGUGCACUACACACCGAUGGCCCCUGGAAACUACAUCAUCACUGCCAAAUACGGAGGUCCCAACCACAUCACUGGCAGCCCGUUCAAAGCCAAAGUCACCGGUCCGCGUCUGGUGAACGUGAGCAGUGUGAGUGAAAUGUCAUGUCUGAUGGUGGAUUCUGUGACUCGCUCUACCAGCUCGUCUGCCAGCAGGGUCAGCAGUCGAGGCCCCGGACUCAGCAAGGCCUUCAUCGGCCAGAAAGCCUCUUUCACUGUCGACUGCAGCAAAGCUGGUAAGAACAUGCUCCUGGUGGGUGUUCAUGGUCCCCAAACCCCCUGCGAGGAGAUCCUGGUCAAACACAUAGGAAACAUGCAGUACAACGUCAGCUACGUCCUGAAGGAGCGAGGAAACUACAUUCUGGCUGUCAAAUGGGGAGAAGAACACAUCCCGGGCUCUCCAUUCACUGUCACCGUCCCAUAAUGCCCUGCACUUUGUCCUCCAGAACACACUCCAGAGACAGACACUGUAAAAACACACAUUCAGACCCUCUUCAUUCUGAUGAACUUUGCACUUGAUCAGGUUUUCGACUGGAAUGUGAUGCAUUAUGACUGUAACGGCAUGUUAUGAUGCAUGAAUUGUACAUUUCUGUUUGUCGAUUUGGUUUUUAGAGAGUUCAGAUGAUCUUGUAUGAACAAACUGAAUAGGGUUUAACACCCAACAAUGUCUCUUAACUACUGAUACUGACUUUAAUUGUUCGUCUAGUUCAUUUUAAUGCACAUAUUAUAACGUUGUCUGUAUUUGAUUCUUGCUGUGUAAUCUGAGCUGUGACAUUAAUCUAAGCAUCAUCCAUAAAAACACUUCAAAUCAAGCACUGCUUUUGUCAUCUCAGUAGGUUUCACUACUAAAUAUUGAACAUUUUAGAUAGAAAAAGGGUAAAUUUAUUAGACUUUGAGCUUUCAAGACCAAAAACUUCCAGUAUUCUUGAAUUAAUUUGCCUUUUUUUUGUUUGAAGACCCUAAUAUUCAGUCACAGUAAUAGAUUUAUGCAGAUUUAAUAUGAUUAUUUUCAUAAUUUGUGUUUGUCUUAAAUCAUCUACUAGUUUUGAUACUCCAGUGGUUAAGUAUUUUGUAAGUCUUUUAAGGGCAAGAGGGGGCAUUUAAUUGUAUUAUCUAUUAGCCAUUGGUGCCUUAUUGUGAAACACGUGAAUAGAUCUGAUGUACAUUUGCUUAUUAAAAUUGAAUGGAAUAAAUAAUUUAGAAGCUA